GUACAGGAGGAUGUGACAGUAGGAGAAGGAAGAGAGCAAUUCCAGCCAACCAGAUUGUAAUAACAGUGGAAGUUGGGGAUGAGAAUGACAACCCUCCUGUGUUCUCUCAGAGCAGCUAUGUAAAGGGUAUCCCUGAUGAUGCUCCCAUAGGGUACACAGUCAUGCAGCUGCAGGCCUCAGAUGCUGACACCGGUUCCAAUGCUGAGCUCACAUACAGUUUGUGGGGACCAAACCUGAGCAGUUGGAAGUGGAGAGCAGCACAGGAACUCUGCUGACUGCGAUUUCGUUUGCAGGAAGUAGUGGAGACAAGUUCAAGUUUACUGUGCAGGCAGAAGACCAGGAUGGUAACACUAAUUCCACUGAAGUCACAGUAUUUGUCCUGACCUUUACCCAGCAUGUUAUCCUGGAGGCGGGUUUGGCACCGUCUGUUGCCAUUGAAAACCAGGAGGAGAUCGCGGACUUCCUCCACAACAUCACUGGCUAUGACAUCAACGUGCACAAGAUCGUUCCCCUUGGCGAUGACUCGGGAAAAACUAACUUCAGCGCGUCUGAAAUCUGGUUUUAUGCUGUGGACCCCCAAACAAAUGAGAUUGUGGAAAAGACAGAUGUGGAAAAUGUCAUUGCUGCUAAUCGUGAAGAGUGGGAGGAAUUCUUGGAUCGAUUUUCUGGUAACCGCAUCUCCCAACCAGUUCCUCAGACAUUAACAGACACCACCAUUGGUGUUCUGGAAAGUGCGCUCAUUGCGGUGGCAGGAGUGAUCUUAAUGGAGGUCUGAUUGCCGUGUAUGCAGUACAUGCCUCAUGAAAAAAACGUAUGAUGGAGAAUGUGAACGAGGUCAGUAUGUUUGAGAAGUACAGUGUGAGUGAGGAGAACAACCUGGUCCUCACCAACCCUACCUACGUGGACACCACCAUGGAAGGACCCAGUAUACAAAUCAUACAGAAUGAUGAUGUGCAGGAGACAUGGGUGGCCCCGAUGAAUGACUUGCAACAGAAAGCUGGCACCAAUCAGCAAGGGAAUGGGGAUACACAGCAACUUAUUCAACAGGAUCAGCAGGGCUAUGGGCCUGUCAGAGGUCAAAGGUCAUCAGGCUCUGAUACUCAUGACCCAAGCAACGCACAAGUAGAUGAUCUCGUAUUAGCAACAGUUUUAGCUGCUGAAGGCAGGAAACCUUCAGAGAAACCAAAGGCCAAAGGAGUGACAUGGGCUUCCGAUGUGAAAAAUGAAACAGAUUCUGCAGAUCAAGACAAGAUGGCUGCUCAUGCAGUAGACAUUCCUGAUGAUGCUGAUGCCAAAAGUGCCUUUGCCAGUGAUCCUGUCCUCUCCCCGGUUAUGGGGCCUUCUCCGACUGCUGCUGCACUGAUGGUGACCAGUCAGACAGACAUCCCUCCCUUCCCAAGCCCGCCUCCUGAACCCCAAGAUGAAGAGGAGGAUGCAUCAGAAGACUUUCCACCCCCUCCACCACUCCCAUUCUCAGACCCACCAGACCUCUUGCCAAAUGUCCGGCCAACAGACCACAACUCCAACGUACCAAAGGACAACCCCUUCACAAGAGAAACAUUCGAAAGUGCCAUCACGGACACCUCUACCCCCAGGAAGAAGCCAAGUAACGUUCCAGGCAAUCUCUCACCAGUUCCCACUCCAUUCACCCAAGUCCUCAGCUUAACAAAACAGAGGAGGCCUGAACCUCUGGAGACCAUACUGAUGUCCUCUCCAGCAAGCCAGGUCCAAGACCCUGUCCCGGUAACAGACAUUGAUGCUUUAAUAUGGGAUGAUGAGGAUGAUGAGGUACAACACAUUGCUGAUGGAGAUGAGAUGGAAGAACAGAGCACCGUGCUGUAACUGUCAACCACAAGCUGAAACAAUUACAAGUAUCUCAGGUCACACUGAUUCAUUUUCUUGGUUCUCAGUAUAUCUUAAGCACAAAUUCAAGAGGACAGGAUGAAAACAGACACCCAGGACCAAAAAAAAAAAAAAACUGACUAUGCUCAAUUCCCUAAAUCUGUGUGUCCCUAUGACUGUUUUCAUGUUGAAAUUCCUCUUUAAGCACUAUAUUCUUAUACCUGAGAACCAGGAAACUAGAUUAGCUUGGCCUUAAUGACCUUUUCAUAAUAUCACAAAAUCAGGGCUAAAGAAAGCAUGUUCAAAUCUUGUGUUUUUAGGAAAUCAAAAUUGCAAAGAAUGUUGUUGGGGUGAUGGGGUUGGGGUCCACAUGAAAUCUUAUAGCAGUCUGGUUUCUAUUACACUUUGAGAAGGAUGGGACACAAAAUUCUGCACACAUUUCCAACCUGUUUAUAUGUGUGUCUGUCAUGGAGUCUGCGUUUACAGAGAAAAUGUAAAAAAAAGUGAAGCAGUGAAGAUGCCAAGUUAGAGGUAUCCUGUACAUAUCGCUAGAAGUAUUAUUUAUCAAAUUCUUUCUAACAGUCAUAUUAGUGUUACUUGUCAUUCAUACAAAUUACCUUAGGCACAUCACUUAAAUUGACAAGAUGUCUGAUGCAAUACGUGCACUCUUGCCAUUAUUUCAAAAUUUUCUGAUCCAACAAAUGUAUCCAUAGUAAACAUAAAGGGGUUAAAGACAAUCUAUUAUCUCUUAGUUCAGUAUACCUUGUACACCUCAGGAAUUAUGAAUUUAGAAUGAUUUACUAACGAUGUACACAAUGGUAUGAAGGUCACUCUGGCCAUAUUUUUGUCAAGUAAAGAAGACUAUUUUAUAUUACUUUUAAUAUAAGUUUUUGAAUGAAUGGAGUUAUAGUUAUCAUGUGGGUGUUUAUUCCCAUCUAUCAUAAAGUCAUGAUGGUAAACUAGACUAAGUAUAAAAGUUAUAAAUCUUACAGAAUGUAUUAAGCACAUUGUACAUGUUUCAUAAUCUGAAGAAUUUUUUAUCUAUGAUGCUGGCCAUCAUAUCAUACUACACUCUGUCACAUGAUUUUGUUCCUUAUAUCUACAUCAAUUAAGAAGCUAAUAUAGGUACUUCAGAGCAGGGCUUGGCUUCAGCCAUUUUCUUAAGCUGUUAAUAUUGAGUUGAUAGUAUGGACUUGCUAUGUAGACCAUAAGUUGUAUUGAAUAUCUUAAUUGAAGACUUUUGGUACUGCUGCAUUGUAGACUUGUAUCAAAAGCUUAGAAGGCUUGUAGUAUACAUAUACUAUACGUUUUGUGAUGGUUGUUGUGUAAAUUCCUGUAGAAAAUAUAGGUACUUUAAAAAAAAUAAAAUUCUGACUCUGUAUUCCCAAACUUCUUUUGGGUGAAAUAAAAUGCCUGCCUCAAUGAUAUA